AGAAAGCCUGAAGCCUCAAGCUGAGCUAACACCAGAACCCUGGAGCAGGAAGUCCUUGGAAUCUGACUGCUGUUACCAUGGUGCCCACAACUACCCCCGAAGGAAGCCAAAGGCAGGCUUCCCCAGCAAAGUAUCUCAUCCCAUAGGAGAAAGGGGUGAGCCCCAGGUGUCAUGAGAGCUUUCAAGAUUCAGGCUCAGAAGGUGCCGAGCCUCCAGCUCUCCCUUAAUUCAGAGACCAGUGCAACCAGCGUCCCUCUCCUUCACUCUCAACCUCUGUGACAGCCCCUGUGGGCAGCAGGACUUCAGAACUGUGUUCAUCACUUUCCUCCAGUGUCAUCUCCACUAUCAUUCAUGAAAAUGUUGAAUUCAGUAAGUAGAUCCUUUCACAAGAAGGCCAGUGAUAGCAGGUCUGGGAGCGCAAGGUUCGACUGGAGCGCCGAAUUGUUGGUGCAACAAACCGAUGGCGUUUUCCCCAAGAUUAUUUCUGCGGAGACUUGCUGGCACUCUCCCAGAUGUGCAAUGUUUUAAACAUAGACCUUGAGGAAGCUCUGAAGAACCCAGACAGAUUAUGUACUUCAAAAUUUCAAAAGCUUUUCUCUGAGAAUGACAUGAAUAGUGGCACCCAAAGUGGGGAAGCAGACGUGAUCCUUGAAUGCCUCGGCUUCAAGUGGGAACUCCACCACCCUCAGAUUUUUCAGUCUGAGACCUUGGCCAAGCUCUACUUGACAGCCCUGAUACAGAACACAAAAAGCCCCCAGAGGGAGCUGGACAAGAUUCUGAAAGUUCAUCCACCGGGGAAGAUCAAAAAAAGGUCCUCUGUGAAGAAGAUCAUCAUUUCCCUGAGGAUUAAUGACCCGGCAGUCACCAGAGUCGCCUUCGCCCUGGCUCUGAAGAACCUCUACAUGAACGAGGUGGAGAUGACCGUGGACAAUGUGCUGGGCGUGCUGGCUUCUGCUCACAUCCUCCAGUUCAAUCGACUGUUUCAAAAGUGUGUCAACAUGAUGCUCAACAGGCUCACACCAAACACCAUCAAGAACUUCUACUUGGCUGGCUGCAAGUACAAGGAAGAGCAGCUCACCAUCGCCUGCGAGAAGUGGCUGGCAAUGAACUUGGUCCCUCUAGUGGGGACACAGAUCCACCUCCGACAGAUCCCUGAGCCUCUGCUGUACAAGGUGCUGAAGUCACCCAGGUUGUUCACUUUCAGCGAGUUCCAUCUCCUGAAAACCUUACUCAUGUGGGUUUACCUGCAGAUGAACUGCAAGGUCCAGAUGAUCCCAAUCCACGAAACCAUGCUGGCGUUUUUUAACAGCUUUUCCAAGAGGUGCUGCUUCCUGGAACAGGAUCCAGGACAGAGCUGGAUGCCGCUGUUCCUUUGCCUGCGUCUGCACGGCAUCACCAGUGGCAAGGACCUGGAGGAGUUAAGGCACAUCAAUUUCUUCCCUGAGUCCUGGCUGGUCCGGGUUACAGCCAACCAUUAUCACGCACUGGAGAGUGGGGGCAACAUGAUCCACCUGAAAGAUCUUUCUACGCAGGCCAUGAGGUUCGGGCUGCUCUUUAGGCAGGAAUAUACCACUUACUCGGAAAGGAUUUCUAUAUAUGGAUACUUCUUUGAGAUAAAGGGAAUCAAACACGACACUACCUCUUACAGUUUUUCUAUGCAGAGAAUAAGGCAUACAGACUUGGAGUGCCCCUCACCAGUCUGUGAGCACAGCACCAUCAGCCUGAGGUCAGAACGCCUGGUGAAGUACGAGAUCCGAGCCCAGACGCUGGUGGACGGCAGGUGGCAGGAGUUCGGGACAAACCAGAUCAUGCAGAAGUUUGGGUUUAUCAAGCCGGGCUGCAAAAGCCAUGCCUUGAAAAUCCAAACCGUGGGCAUCCCGAUCUACGCCAGCUUUGCCUUCAUCUUCCCAGCAUCUUGAUAGCUUUCAUAGGAAUCUAUGGGUUCCCCUUCCCUGACCUACCUGACUCCAUAAGAGAAAUAAAAAUGACAAUAAGGAGGGGAAUGUGGUAUCCAGCUGCCUGUGCUUAUCCCUGGGUCCUCGGCUGAGGCAUUACUGUUUAGUGGCAAUCUGCUUCCAUUUUCAUCUGAAGAUAGGAAAAAUUCACGUUUAAGUUCACUCAGGCUGUUGACAGGCUAAUCUUGCAGAUGCCUGACUAAGGUCCUUAGCAGCUACUAAUUGUUUACAAUGUUCUGCAGGCCUAAGCUAUCCCAUGCCCUCUGGUUUAGGAGUUAUGUCACGUGCUGCACCCUUUUCUAAGAGAGAAGGUUGUACAGAGGGUCUCCUUUGUCCACCUCUCCGUGUUGCUGGUUUUUGUUGAGACCUUGGAGAGUUGGUGGUGGAGUUAUGAAAACAGUAAGGUGGGUACAUUCAGUCUAAUGGCUGCUGUGGGCCGGCAUUCAGCUAAGGGAGUCUUUGUUCCAACAGAGAAUAUCGGUAGGUUAGAAGGGCUGGGCUACCAUGGGAGGUGGGCCUGGGAGAAGAAUCAGAGCCCAAGCACUGGACUUUGGGAGCCUGCUUCCAGGUCUGCCCCCUCCCUUCUGUGUCCCAUGCUUGUAUACUAUUGCUGUCACUCAAGUCCAGUAAAAAGGAGACAGGAGAGGAGAGAAACUGGGGUUGUUAUCACCUCUGGGUCCAUGGGGCAUCUUUCUGCAGUGACUGUGACCCUCUAUGUUCCCAGCUUGCUCUGACAUCUCCAUUUGCCCCCCAGCAGUUUCCUUCCAUCAUUCCAGGGUCCAACACAGUCCUUGUUCUGAUAUUAGCCACCUACCAGCCUUCAGGUGAUGGAAACAUCUGUCAAAGUAGUCCUGGGCUGCAUCAAUCUCCUCUGUUUGGACAACUAGAUCUUGUUUCAUCAAUAUGUCUGGGUCUCUGCUUCGACUGCCUGGGUUUUUUUUGUUUGUUUGUUUGUUUUGUUUUAUUGUUGUUUUAUGUUUUCCAGGCUACAUGGCAAGGGUUUGGUAGUGUUGGAGAUACGUAUGACACAGUGCUAUAGAUGUUGGAAAACAUGGCCUCCAUAAUUCACAUUAGGAUGAGUACCAGUGAGACACUUACUCAGAUACAAAGUAUAUGAAGUAUCAAAGCCCCAUAAGUGCUCAGUGUGAUGGUUUGUAUGGGUUCGGCCCAGGGAGUGGCACUAUUAGAAGGUGUGGCCCUGUUGGAGUAGGUGUGUCACUGUGGAUGUGGGCUUUCUACCUGGAAGCCAGUAUUAUGUUAGCAACCUUCAGAUGAAGAUGUAGAACUCUCAGUUCCUCCUGCACCAUGCCUGCCUGGAUGCUUCCAUGUUCCUGCCUUGAUGAUAAUGGACUGAACCUCUGAACCUG